GGUAUUGUGUUGCCUAGCCUGUCUGCGUAGCUAACUAGCUGUCAGUACCAGGAUGACCGGGAAAGGAGGUCAUGACGCUUAUGGUAAGGAUGGACCCGGUGCGGCUACGUUUCGUGUCCAGCAUCAGAUACGGCGAAAUGCUCAGGACAUGCAAGAGUAUCUUACCGACCUCAGCAGCUGGGAGAAGUCCAUAAAGAAGAAGGACAAGCAGAUUUCUCGAAAGGCUAUGUCUCAAUCGUGUUCUUCGGGUAAUCGACGAGCCAUCCCCGACACCGGCACACCCCCGAUCCGCCCCGCCGGAAGUGCGGUCCCUGUAAGCUCUGGCCCUGCGCCCCAACCUUCACAACCAACGCGAAAGCUUUCGGCGAAGAGCCUGGGAUGUCGAAACGAUGGGGCUGACGGUAGGCCGCACAUCAACGUGAACGCUGCAAACGGCGAUUGGGCGACAGGAGACUCGGGCAAGGCCAAGUCCAGCAUUUCGGCUGCAGGGCACACGUAUGAUAAGGGAUACGGAAAAUGGGCCAAAUUCGACAUCGACGCCGCUCUUCGAGCUGUUGAUCAGGAGGAGGAGGAGGGAGUAAACGAUGAGAGACGCUCGAGCAGCAAUAGCGAUAGCGACACGGACAGCGACAAGAAUCAGGGGACUCCAAGGCUCACUCCGGCAACCAUGGUCGAUCGGUCCUGCAGCCGGGGCCUCCGUCGUCCUCCUCCGCCUAAGCACACAGUGGCACCAACCUCAACAUCCCGAUCAAGUCAGUCGCCGAGAGACUUGGAGAAGGAAGAGCGGGAACGAGGAAACACGAAAUUCGGCCAGGGUGACUUUAAGGGGGCUGUGAAGAGCUAUUCGAGGUGCCUAGGCAUGAACAGCAAGAGCUUGCUGGCUCUCUCGAACAGGGCUAUGGCGAACCUCAAGCUGAAGGAGUUCGGGAAGGCAGAAUCCGAUGCCGAUGCGGCCUUGAGGGUGGAUCCACGCCACGUAAAAUCUCUCCACCGGCGAGCAGCGGCGAGGAACGCUCUUGGGAAGCACCGUGCUGCGCUGGGUGACCUGCAAACAGCAGCGGAAAUCGAUCCAACCUCGAAGCAGGUUCGAAAAGACCUCAGCAAAACGCUGGAAACUUUGAAGACAGUUGUGCGCCGUGCGCCGAAGACGCAUGUUCGGGUGGAGAGCUUCCCUCUCCCUGCCCCCAAGCCUCGUGGGUACUCUCAACCAGGCACACCUAUUGAAGGGGGUCUUCCACCCACCGUGACAAACGCUGCCGUAUCCGCCACAAAUCACAAUGCUUCAGUGACCGGGGAUGAGGACACAGCUGCGCCGUAUUCCUCAGUGUUGCAAGAGAGCACGGACAAGCGUGGCACCAAUGAGGCCACCGUCUACUCGUAUCAAGCACGGACAAUCGUCGAAGAGCUCCCUGAUGAAGCGGAGGCCACCCUCGCUACUCCCAUACCUACACCACGAGCACCCACGAACGCAGUAUCGUCAGUGCAAAGUGUCUCGUUGCCAACGGCUUCGAUCGCGGUAACCGCUCAGAAUGAGCAAGGAGGGGACGCAGUUCCACGUUCUCACGGCGGGGUAGAUCGGGAUAUUACAGUAGACCCAGCAGGAGAUACACCAAAGACUGCUACCGUACAAUGCAGUUUGACUAAGACGAGAACGGAAGGGGCCGCAACACCAUCAGAAGCGACCGACGUCGCUGCAGCGCAUAGAGUCAGUCCGGCAGUCUUAACGGAUUUGGCGUCGAAAACGGGCCCGCCCGCGAUCUCGCUCGUGGAUGUUGGCGCGAAAGAGGUGACUGCGAAGGCAAAUGCCGGUGGCGAGGGCAACAACCUGUCUCGAGGAGCUCAUCGUGUGAAAGAGGAGGCAAUCUCCCCGUCGCUUGAGGAGAGAACAGAAGACAAGGAGCUGUUUGCCCCGACCCAAACACCCCGGCAGGGUGGACCGUCUACUCCCGCUCCCGCUUGUAGGGCGAUGGCCCACGCGCUGCAGCUACCCACCACGGGCUACCAGUUUGAAAGUAUGUGGCGUGGCACAGAUGGGUCGCCUGAAGCACGGCUUGAACUGCUGCGGGCCGUCCCGCCAUCGACUAUCGCCAAAAUCUUCCGCCGGACCCCUAUCGAAGUAGAGUUGUUGGGCGGCGUUUUGCAAGAACUGGGACAGGCUUUUCUGCCCAGGAGGCCGGCAACGGCUCUGCGGUGGCUCAAGAGCCUUUCUAAAGCGUCUCGGUUCAGCAUGACGGUGGCCCUUCUCGGCGAAGAGGACGGUCGCGCAGCCGCGCGAAAAGUGCUAAAGCGACUUGAGGCAGCACCGCCGACGAAAGUGGACCCAAAAGAUGUUGAUGUCUUGAGGAAGCAAUUCUCGUGUUAGAAGCGCGUGGUCCAAUAGAAUGUGAGUGGAGAGGUGACGAGGGAGUGUGACGGGAGGUAUGCAUACCAAGACAGGUACUAGUACUUUCGAGUGAAACCGAUUUCAGUAGCAAUCUUGAACUUUUAUUUUGGUGGGUGCAACACCUUUUGCGAUAGAAGAGUGUUUUCACCGUUGGGUGCGUCGGAAUGUGCUCACGAUGUGCUUUUGAGCAGGCAAUAUUGUUGAGCACAAGCUGUUGGCAACACCAGAGAAAGACAUGUCGGCCAGAGUGAAUCAGUCGAGGUUACCCGCCUCCUCCCGUCUGUUUUGCUCAUAUUACUUUUGCCGUGGAACUGCUGUGGUUGUCACCAUCACGGUGAACCAGCAGAGGUUCGAGUGCAGAACUACUCGUGGUUGAUGACCAUGCCGAGCUCCUCCCUUCGAGUGUUUGACGUCAUUUGGGCAUGAGAUGGCCUCAGAGGCUCCGGUGUUUGAUGACUGCAAGAUCCCCUGAUUAUAAUUUGUCAAGAGACAAAAGGUUGGCCGAUUGUAUUGAUUGAGCACGGUCCGGGGUGGCACAACAACACGUCCAUCGUUUCGGGUCGCGGAUGAAGACUUUUCCAAGCAAAGGUGAAUCAUGUAAGGGUGUUUUGAGCGGAGCCUCUCUGUUGCCCGGUUU